UCCAGAGCUUUGCAGCAGGGAAGAAAGGCUGGUGGACACCGGGGUCAAGCCCGAAGCCUUCCCCUUGGCUGCCUGCACAGCCAAGUCGUGGGCGCGGUGGGGGAGGGGGAAGAGGAGGAGGAGGAGGAGGAAAGCGGAGGAACCUUGGCUGGGCUUCUGGUCCGCAGACCGGGGAAGGAAGCGAUUGCAGCACAAUCGCCGCACACCCCAUGGCUCGGGCUGCCGAGUGAGAGGAGCGCCCGUCGGUCCCCUCCCGGCCGAUCUCGCCUCGCGUAGCCGAAGGGCAGAGCCGAAGGUGCAGGAAACGCCUCCAGCCAUGGCGGGGACCGAAGGCGUCACGGCAGAUGCAGUUUCAACAUCUGUCUACGCAUCUCCAGCAAGAAGCCUGGGAGACCCGGGAAUAACACCACUCUCCCCAUCCCACAUUGCGAAGGAUUCGAAUACAAAUGACGCAGAGGAGCAGUCCUUUCUUGUUGUUGUGGCUAUAGAUUUUGGCACCACUUCUAGCGGCUACGCCUACAGCUUCGCCAAGGAGCCAGAAUGCAUUCAUGUAAUGAGGCGAUGGGAAGGAGGGGACCCUGGUGUGUCCAAUCAGAAGACACCAACAACUAUCCUCUUAACUCCAGAAAGAAAAUUCCACAGUUUUGGUUAUGCAGCCAGAGACUUCUAUCAUGACCUAGAUCCUAAUGAAUCAAAACACUGGUUGUAUUUUGAAAAAUUUAAGAUGAAGCUUCACACAACUGGUAAUCUCACUCUGGAAACAGACCUGACAGCUGCAAAUGGCAAGAAAGUCAAAGCACUUGAAAUAUUUGCUUACGCUCUGCAGUACUUUAAGGAACAAGCAUUAAAGGAGCUGAGCGAUCAGGCGGGUUCGGAUUUUGAAAACUCUGAGGUACGAUGGGUCAUCACAGUACCAGCUAUCUGGAAACAACCUGCAAAGCAGUUUAUGAGGCAAGCUGCAUACAAGGCAGGAAUGGCAUCCUCCGAGAUUCCUGAGCAACUGAUAAUUGCCUUGGAACCAGAGGCUGCAUCCAUCUACUGCAGGAAACUCCGCCUUCAUCAGAUGAUAGACCUAAGCAGCAAAGCGCCCGUCAAUGGAUACAACCCAAGCGAGACCAUUGGCACUGGCUUUACACCAGCUAAAGAACACAUUCGUCGUAACCGGCAGAGCCGCACCUUUUUGGUUGAAAAUGUCAUAGGCGAGAUCUGGUCCGAGUUGGAGGAAGGUGACCGUUACAUAGUCGUGGACAGUGGAGGAGGGACAGUUGAUUUGACUGUCCACCAGAUCAGAUUACCUGAAGGACACCUGAAGGAACUCUACAAGGCAACAGGUGGGCCAUAUGGUUCCUUGGGGGUGGACUAUGAAUUUGAAAAACUCCUCUGUAAAAUAUUUGGAGAAGAUUUUAUUGAACAAUUUAAAAUCAAACGACCAGCUGCCUGGGUUGAUCUGAUGAUAGCAUUUGAAUCUCGCAAGAGAGCAGCAGCCCCAGACCGGACUAAUCCACUCAAUAUCACUCUGCCUUUCUCAUUCAUUGACUAUUACAAGAAAUUUCGAGGUCACAGUGUGGAACAUGCCUUAAGGAAAAGCAAUGUGGAUUUUGUGAAAUGGUCAUCACAAGGAAUGCUGAGGAUGAGUCCAGAUGCAAUGAAUGCCCUCUUCAAACCCACCAUUGACCAAAUCAUACAACAUCUCAGUGAUCUGUUUGAAAAGCCAGAAGUAACCAAUGUAAAAUUCCUGUUCCUGGUGGGUGGAUUUGCUGAAGCUCCGCUACUACAACAAGCCGUCCAGAGUGCUUUUGGCUCAAAAUGCCGAAUCAUCAUUCCUCAGGAUGUGGGGCUCACUAUCCUCAAGGGAGCCGUCUUAUUUGGCCUGGAUCCUGCAGUCAUUAAAGUGCGCCGUUCCCCCCUGACCUAUGGGGUAGGGGUCCUGAAUCGUUAUGUGGAAGGGAAGCACCCUACAGAAAAGCUGCUCGUUAAAGAUGGCACCCGUUGGUGCACUGACGUCUUUGACAAAUUUAUUUCUGCUGACCAAUCGGUGGCCCUAGGUGAAACCGUGUCGCGCAGCUAUACGCCUGCCAAGCCUUCCCAGCUGGUCAUCGUGAUAAAUAUCUACAGCUCGGAACACGACAACGUCAGUUUCAUCACUGAGCCAGGGGUGAAAAAGUGUGGCACGCUCCGCCUGGAUCUCACAGGAACUGAUACAUCUGUGCCAAGCCGGAGGGAAAUCAAAACGCUCAUGCAGUUCGGGGACACUGAGAUUAAAGCCAUGGCAAUUGAUGUUGCCACCUCUAAAAGUGUCAAAGCUGGUAUUGAUUUCCUAAACUACUAAUACUCCUUCCCUCUCCACCACCUAUUAUUUCAAUAUUCUGUUCUCUCAUUUCUCAUGCAUCACCAAAUGGACCUGAAUUUUAGCUAGAGCUAAACAGAAAAGGAUAGCCGUUGCAGGGAAAGGCCAGGCUUUUUGUCGUUUUUGAAAUUAUCUAUUCGAGAAUCUGAACACAUGGUCAUCAGGUGCUUAACAUUACAUGGAAUAACCCUAAAAUGGCUAAGUACAUAAUGGGAAUUAGUCACUGAAAUAUCACUGCCCUCUUGAUUGGGAAAAUAAAUUGCUUUACUUGAAGUAUUUAAUAUUAUGUUCUGUAUUUUGGGCCCACACUGUCAAAGCUGAUAUUCCAGGUCUUUUUUUUUUUAGACCCCAAUAUAGCAAACUGCAUGUUGACUCCCUAAUAUCAAGGACACUGCUUAGGAUAGCAGAAUGUCAUCUCUGCAGCACUAAACGAAGGCGCUCUUCCAAACUGAAUGAUUUGUUGCUGCUGUUGUGAUUAUCAGU